GCUGCGUCUCCAUGAAGGGAAGGUGGUUAAGGACCGCAGGCAUCACCUGAGGACGUAUCCCAACUGCUUUGUGGCCAAGGAGCUGAUCGACUGGCUGCUGGAGCACAAGGAGGCGUCAGACAGAGACACGGCCAUCAGCAUCAUGCAGAAACUCCUGGAUCAAAGCAUUAUCCAUCACGUUUGUGACGAACACAAGGAGUUCAAAGACAUGAAACUGUUCUAUCGCUUCAGGAAAGACGACGGGACGUUUCCACUGGACAACGAAGCCAAGGUCUUCAUGAGGGGACAACGGAUAUAUGAAAAGCUGAUGAUGAACACUGAGACGUCCAUCCUAGCGACUCGGGAAGAAGAGGGUGAGACGUUUGAACGGACGCUGGUGGCCUCGGAGCUCGUUGAUUGGCUGCUGGCGGAGGGAGAGAUGGCGACCCGAGAGGAGGCGGAGCAUCUUGGACGGAGGCUUCUAGAACACGGGAUCAUGCAGCAUGUGACCAACAAGCACCACUUUGUGGAUGGAGGGCUGCUGUACCAGUUCAGACUGAACUUCCGAAGGAGACGACGUCUGAUGGAGCUGCUGAACGAACGCUGUCGUACCAUCCCAGAGAGCCAUGACAGCCCCUUCUGUCUCCGCAAACAGAACCCAGAGGGAAGCAACACCAGCUUCCUAUCUGUGAGUCCUACUAAAGAGAUCAAGAUGAUAGUGGGUAUCCGUCGUAGCAGUAUGAGCAGCAGCUGUGGCAGCAGUGGUUACUAUAGCAGCAGUCCCACCCUCAGUAGCAGCCCCCCGGUGCUCUGUAACCCAAAGUCAGUGUUGAAGAGACAAGUGAGUCCUGAGGAGCUGCAGACCCCAGGAGGCCCUUACAUAAAGAAGACAUUCACAGUACGUCACACACACACACACACACACACACACACACACACACACACACACACACACACACACACACACACACACACACACACACACACACACACACACACACACACACACACACACACGCAGUAAGUACUGACACACACA